CUCUCCUUCUUUUCAACAAUCCAGACCAUCUACACAGUGGGUUAUAGCAUCUCAGCUACCUCUCUUGUCAUGGCAGUCCUGGUCCUUGUUGCAUUCAGGAGACUCCGUUGCCCCAGGAACUACAUCCAUGUCCACCUCUUUCUCACCUUCAUCCUGAAGGCCAUUGCUAUCUUCAUCAAGGAUGCGGUUCUUCUAGAGAGUGAAGGGAGUGAAUACUGCAGCUUCUCCACGCCUGAAUGCAAGAUCUCGGUGGUCCUCCUUCACUUUUUCACCAUGGCCAACUUCAUGUGGUUGUUAGCAGAAGCUCUGUACCUCAAUUGCCUGCUCCUCUCGUCCUUUCCCCAUGGAAGAAGAUACUACUGGUGGCUUGUUCUCUUUGGAUGGGGUGUCCCAACAUUUUUUACCACCUUGUGGAUACUAUUGAAAGUGCACUUUGAAGAUAUUUUGUGCUGGGACGCGAACCAAGGUUCUCCUUACUGGUGGCUCAUCCAGGGACCCAUCAUUCUGUCUGUCGCGGUCAACUUCAUUCUUUUUAUCAACAUCAUCCAAAUCUUGCUGAAAAAACUGAAUCCCAGACAAAUCAAUUUCAACAACUCCUUUCAGUACAGACGCCUCUCUAAGUCAACUCUGCUUCUCAUACCCUUGUUUGGAACUCAUUACAUCAUCUUCAACUUCCUGCCUGAAUACACCCAUAUGGGUGCCCGUCUAUACUUGGAGCUAUGCUUCGGAUCAUUUCAGGGCUUCGUUGUGGCUGUUUUAUACUGUUUUCUAAAUCAAGAGGUUCAAGCAGAAAUUUGCCGGAAAUGGCGAGGCAACGGUUAUGGAUUUAUGAUGCCUGUUUGGAGGCAGAAGACAAAGUGGACGAUGCCCUCAAGUUCUGGAAUCAAAGUGACCACCUCUAUGUUUAAGAGUUAACUGGUGAAGUGAUAGAA